CACAAUCUCGAAAUAGUUAUUUAAGAUUGAGUUUGAGAGAAUUCAUUCUCAAAUUCUGGGACCAGAUCGAAAAGGAAGUAAACUUGAAGACAGAACACAUAGUUGGAAUUUUUCACUAUAAAAAGUUUCAUUCUUUCAGUCUGAUAUCUUUUUUGAUUGUACCAGCAGAAGGCAUGAAUAACAACACAGAACUAGAGCAAGUUCGCGAUUUGGCUGUAGAAGAACAUGAGGAGGAGGAGGAGGAACAAUUGUCCGAGAGUACGAUGAGAAUUCAACCAUGGACUAAACAGAUCACGAUACGAGGAGUCAUUGCUAGUACGAUAAUCGGAUGCAUUUACAGUGUGAUACAAAUGAAAAUGAAUCUCACAACUGGAAUUAAUCCUAAUCUCAAUGUCUCAGCUGCUCUUCUUGCCUAUAUUUUCAUUCAGACAUGGACCAAGAUUGUUAAAAUGCUUGGUUUUGUCUCUGUUCCUUUUACUAGACAGGAAAAUACUAUGAUACAAACAUGUUCUGUUGCAUGUUACAGCAUUGCUCUUGGAGGUGGAUUAGGAUCUUAUUUAUUGGGAAUGGACAAGAAAACUUAUGAGUUAGCUGGUGUUGGUACAAUGGGAAAUACAUCAAACAGUUAUAAAAAACUUGAGAUUGGUUGGAUGAUUGGCUAUCUUUUAGUAGUUUGUUUUAUUGGCCUUUUCGUAUUGGUUCCUCUUCGAAAGGUGUUGAUAGUGGAUUAUAAGUUGACAUUUCCAACUGGAAUGGCAACUGCAGUUCUUAUUAAUGGUUUUCAUGGCAAGAGUGAUAAACUAGCUAGAAAGCAAGUGAAGUGCUUCCUCAAGUUUUUUAGCUAUAGUUUUUCAUGGGCUUUCUUUCAGUGGUUUUAUACUGGCAAAGAGGAUUGUGGAUUUCAACAGUUCCCUACUUUUGGAUUGAAAGCCUGGAAACAAACAUUUUACUUUGAUUUUAGCUUGACAUAUGUGGGAACUGGAAUGAUAUGUCCUCAUAUAGUGAACAUAUCAUUGCUUCUUGGGGCUGUUCUUUCAUGGGGUGUAAUGUGGCCUCUCAUAGCAAAACUUAAAGGAGAAUGGUUCCCUGCUGAUAUACCAGAAUCCAGUAUGAAAAGCCUUAAUGGUUACAAGGUUUUCAUCUCCAUUGCCCUCCUCCUUGGCGACGGCCUUUACAAUUUUGUCAAGAUAAUGUACUUCACACUAGGCAGUGUUCAUGAGAGAUUCAAACACAAAAACCAAACUCCAGCAGCUGGAGUGAGACAGAACAAGAACUCAGGGGAUGUAAAAUAUGAUGAGGCCUUUGUUAGAGAAAGCAUUCCAAUGUGGUUUGGAGGUGUAGGGUAUUUAGCCUUGGGAACUAUUGCUGUGAUUAUGAUUCCAUUAAUUUUCCAUGAGAUCAAAUGGUAUUGGGUUAUCAUAGCCUAUCUUUUUGCUCCAUCUUUAGCUUUCUGCAACGCGUAUGGUUCUGGUUUGACUGAUAUAAACAUGGCCUAUAACUAUGGAAAAGUUGGACUUUUUAUGAUGGCUGCAUUGGCUGGUAAAGAACAUGGUGUAAUUGCUGGUUUAGCUGGUUGUGGUUUGAUCAAGUCAGUGGUUAACAUUUCUUGCAUUCUGAUGCAAGAUUUUAAGACAGGACACUUAACUUUGACAUCUCCAAAGACUAUGUUUCUCAGCCAAGCUAUUGGGACAGCUUUAGGCUGUCUAAUUGGGCCACUAAGCUUCUUCUUGUUCUACAAUGCCUUUGAUAUUGGCAACCCCAAUGGUGAAUUCAAGGCUCCUUAUGCACUGAUUUAUCGAAACAUGGCGAUUCUUAGCGUUCAAGGUGUCUCGGCUUUGCCUCAACACUGCUUGCAGUUGUGUUAUGGCUUCUUUGCAUUUGCUGUUGCAAUAAACUUGGUGAAAGAUCUUUCUCCAGAGAAGAUAGGGAAAUGGAUGCCACUGCCUAUGGCGAUGGCGGUGCCUUUUCUUAUUGGUGGAUAUUUUGGUAUUGAUAUGUGCAUAGGUAGUCUGGUUGUAUUUGUGUGGCAUAAACUUAACUCUAAGAAGGCUAAGGUGAUGGUUCCAGCAGUUGCUUCUGGUUUGAUCUGUGGAGAAGGUUUAUGGAUUCUUCCUGCAUCUAUUCUUGCUUUGGCCAGAGUAACUCCUCCCAUCUGCAUGAAAUUCUUGGCUUCUUAAAGAACUUGAUUGUACAACUGGCCCAUAAAAAACUGAUGUACUGAUUUACAGAAGAGAUUUUGAAGUCGCCCAGAGCUCGUUUCAUUUGGUUUUUCUGCAUUCUUAGUCUAGGAAAUGACAAAGUUCUACGUCACACAUUGAAAUUUACAAUGAGAAUGGGUGGCAUUUACAAUAAA